AUGAAAGGGGUACGUGCUCUGUGGAACAAAUUACUGUCUCGGUCAGUUUCUCUUACUGAGUCAGGAAGGAAUUCACUUAAGGAGGGGCUUCUUUCUCCGCCACAUUCUUUUGAUUUGCACCAUGAGUUGGGGUCUCGUGAGUUCACGCUGUAUACAGAAAACCUUAGUGGUGCAGAAGUUUUGAUUCAUUGCAGUGUUGAUAACCGUGGGCUUCGUUCUUUGAAUGGAGGCGAAAAGGAAAAGAUUCGCAGUCAAAGGGCUCAUUUCAGAACACGCCUGCAGAAUUCUACACCAAGGACAUCUCCGGUCGAAGUAUCUGCCUUUGUAAGUGUACCACAUACUGCAUUUACGGUUGAGGCAUCUUGUAGUUGCUUGCUGGGUUUACUUGUUGUGGAUGGUGUUGUUAUUCAUAGUGGUUGCAUUACGGAGUCGCUGGUACCACGGGAUGGGUAUUCGGCGUGUGAAAUGGUGUAUCAUGGGCCGUUGCUUAGCCAGAGGGCGCUUUCAGAGUCUCUGAUCAAUAUCAGAAGUGGUGCUAACCCCUUGGAUCCGUACAGGCAGGAACAGGCUUUCUUUUUUGACAGACACGUACGACCUUGGAGCUCGCGUUUUACGCGUUUCGGUCAUGUGCCAGUUCACACGGUGCAGCCGCGAUUCGCCAAUGCCGUGUGCAGUUUUCUUGAACGGUUCGAUGUGGACGAUGAAGUUGCGGUUUUUGCGGAGCGCUUUGCUCAUGUAGUGCAGAAGAGAGAAAAGGAAGCAUGGACUGGAGUUCUCAGGCGUACAAUUGGGGAUAAAACAAGGCGUUGCCUAGCGUGA